GGGCAGCGGGGCGGCGAUGGCGGCCGUGAGGAAGGCGCUCCGGCGGCGGCUGACGAGCUUGACGUCGCUCCGAGCUAUCAGCACCUCAUCUAUGGGCGCUUUUCCAAAGCGGGUGAAGAUUGUGGAGGUCGGUCCCCGAGAUGGUCUACAGAAUGAAAAGAACAUCGUACCUACACCAGUGAAGAUCAAGCUGAUAGACAUGCUUUCUGAAGCAGGACUCCCUGUUAUAGAAGCCACCAGCUUUGUCUCUCCCAAGUGGGUUCCCCAGAUGGCGGAUCAUACUGAAGUCUUGAAGGGCAUUCAGAAAUACCCAGGCAUCAGCUACCCUGUCCUGACCCCGAAUGUGAAAGGCUUUGAGGCAGCGGUGGCAGCUGGAGCCAAGGAAGUGAGCAUCUUUGGAGCAGCCUCUGAGCUCUUCACUCAGAAGAAUGUCAACUGCUCCAUAGAGGAGAGCUUCCAGCGCUUUGAUGGGAUCAUGCAGGCGGCACGGGCAGCUGGCAUUCCUGUGCGGGGGUAUGUCUCCUGUGUCCUCGGAUGCCCCUAUGAGGGGAAGGUCUCCCCGGCUAAAGUAGCUGAGGUUGCCAAGAAGUUGUUCUCAAUGGGCUGCUAUGAGAUCUCCCUGGGGGACACCAUCGGUGUGGGCACCCCAGGACUCAUGAAAGACAUGCUGUCUGCUGUCAUGCAUGAAGUGCCUGUGGAUUCUCUGGCUGUCCACUGUCAUGAUACCUAUGGCCAAGCCCUGGCCAACACCUUAGUGGCCCUGCAGAUGGGAGUGAGUGUCGUGGACUCAUCUGUGGCGGGACUUGGAGGCUGCCCCUAUGCACAGGGGGCAUCAGGGAACUUGGCCACUGAGGACCUGGUCUACAUGUUGUCUGGCUUGGGCAUUCACACGGGCGUAAACCUCCAGAAGCUGCUGGAAGCAGGGGACUUUAUCUGCCAAGCCCUGAACAGGAAAACCAGCUCCAAAGUGGCACAAGCUACCUGUAAACUCUGAACCCCUUGCCUACCCACUCUGGGGGUCUCUGGGAGGAUGGCAUGCCUGGGUGAUUCCUGGCUGGGGAUGGAAAUGAGAAUUAAAUUAAAAGGAGCGGGUACCACACAGGUCUGUCUUCUGGCAGAAAGAGAUGAGAGGGCAGAGGAGUCACCUGGCCUCUGGCCCUCCCUGCCAGGCCUGAGGCUGAACAAGGCAGCCUUGGGGGCUCCAUGUCUCCCUUCACUGUAGACCUGCCCCCACAGAGGUGCUUUCCUGAACACACCCAGGAACCUGCUUGGGAUGGCCCUUGGUCUCCUGGGUGAUUCUGCCAGCUGAUUGACCUCUGCAGCUCCACUCUGCCAUGGCUGUGGGCCCCUGCUUCUAUACUUCCAAGGACAGGGCAUGGUGACUUUUCCCAAGCUAGCAGAGCGCGUUUGCUGAAAGGGACGAGGGUUGAGCUUCUGUGAUGGCCUUUUGCCAACUGCAGCAUCUCUGGAAAAUCUCCACUCUGAACAUGAUUUUGAAAAACUGCUUACAUAAUUAAAGGUUUAAUUUUCCAGUA